AAGCGAAGAACAAUACAAGUGGCGGGACGGGAGUUUGCUUUUUUCUUCGCUUCCUCUCGCUCGUUCUCUUUCUCAUACCCCGACCUGCAUGCUCUGUUCGUCUCCCUUCUUCGAUCUACAAACCCUCAGCCCCCUCUCUCUCUCUCGCUCUCCCUCUCCUUUCUUAUUUUCUCAAGUUUUCACGACGCGAAGCAGCUCACUGACGAGCAAUCUGAAAUGCCGGCUCAGAAGCAGGCCGCCCUCUCUGCUUCCUCCCCUUCCGCCGGCUCCGACAACUCUUCCCCCUUUGAAUCCGCCGCCGCCGACCCGCCCGACGAGAAUCACAACGCUGCCACCGGUGAAGAUGUCAACACCCCAUCCCAUUCGACUCCUCCCCAAGACCAAGACGAUUCGGACGGCGAAGGUGGCAGCAGUAGCACUUCCUCGCAGAGCUCCGAUGAUCAGGAAGAGUACAUACUUGUUAAACUAGUGGACAUACGCAAAGAAGUGCAAUGCCCUAUCUGUUUAGGAAUCAUCCGGAAGACAAGAACAGUAAUGGAGUGCCUACAUCGUUUUUGUAGAGAAUGUAUUGAUAAAUCUAUGCGACUUGGGAACAAUGAGUGUCCAGCUUGUCGCACUCACUGUGCAAGUAGGCGUUCUUUGAGAGAUGAUCCCAACUUUGAUGCCCUGAUUGCAGCUUUAUACCCAGAUAUAGACAAGUAUGAAGAAGAGGAACUAGCUUUUCAUGAGGAAGAGAGAAAUCGCUAUAAGAAGAUACAAGCUUCCAUAGCUGAGACAUUUCGGCGACAAUCAGAAGCACUCGGUAAGAGGAGGCCAAUGUCUAUGAGAAGAUCUGAUUGUAGCUACCGAACCGGACAAAGACAAAACGGUUAUCUCCGUGGCAGAGGUAAAGCUACAGCUCGAAAUGCUUCGCCUGCGGUAUCAGAUGAUGAUGAUGACGAAUAUGCUAAUGGCAAUGAUGCUGGCAAAGAUUCAUCCUCUGCAGAAGAGGCUUCUCCUGAUAGAAGACCGAAGAGGUGCAGGCUAAUGGCUGCUCCCAGGUCUUCACCAGCCAGAAUCGCCGGCAAUGUCGAUCUUGGUUAUGGAGAAAAUUAUGACUUGGAAAUGAAUCGAGAAACCAUGCGCACUUCCCCGUUGCGAGCCGGAAACAGAGAGCUUUCAUGGGGUAAAGGUGGCGCUCGAAGCCAAACUCGGCAUGGUAACAGCAGUGGUUCUAAUGGAAGAUUUUUGAAGGCGGCUCGAUUAGCCAGGUUGAUGGAAUACCUGCGUAAUUUGGAGGAAAAUGAAGAUAAGUAUGAAAUACAUCUGAAACUGAUUCCUUUGAAUGAACAAAGCUUGCAUUUGGAAAGUCCAUAUAUCUGCUGCCCACCAACCAUAUCCAUUAGACAUAUACUCCAAUUCAUCGCCAUUCAAACGUCUGUGCAAGUUGAAGGGGUUGCAGUAUUUGUUAAAAGGCGUCAAAAUGAUUCUGUGGAGCUGUCUAACCAAGUUGAGAAGGUCCAAGCUGACUCCUCUGAAGAAUUCCAGAUAUUGGAUCCAGAAGAAUCACUCGUUGGAUUGCUAGCUUCUUAUAGUUCUAAUCGAGGUGAUCUGGAAUUAGUGUACUGCGCUAAUGCCGAUAGAGAGAAAGCCAGUUGAAGAUAAUUAUUGUCAGCUGGACAUCUUUGCAGCUGAGUCUAUUGAGCUGUAUGCUUUGUUGUAUAAAUGCAAAAUGGAAUAUCGAGAGAAUGUUCAAUUGACCUCGUUCAGAUUAUAUCAACAAAUUCUUUGUAAAUCGCAUGGUAUGAUCUCAACACUAUCAAUGGAAAAAUGUCCUAACUUUCUCGUUUGUUGCAGUUUUUUUUUUAACUGUUUUUCUGGCAGGAAAAAUGAUUAGAAACACCCAUGUCUAUUUAGAUGAAAAAGUUGCAUAAUUUUUAUGCUAUUUUUUUUUAAAAUUGUUUUGUAAAGUUGUUUUUGAGAAAACUGAAUGGAAAUUGUAACGGUUUUGUUUGGGAUAGUUUUUUU